GCUCUUAGUCGAGGAACGAUGUCAUCACCACCACUAUUCCGGUCCUUACCCGGCACAUCCCCCAGUUGCCCCGUCCCUGCCGUCGGUUUUGGUAGUUCCGCACCAGUCCAUCCCUCCUAUCUCGGCUGUGGGGCUUUGGCUGGGGCGUGUCGCUACUAUCUCGAGCCUCAACUGAUCUUUCUGAAAGAACCACUCGGUAGACAUAAUCUACAUUUUGUUAACGUGUAUGCGACUACACUUCUCAUUCUCCUUGUCCAUCCACCAUCACCAUGCCCAUUCGCAAUCCUUUUCGUAAGGCCACUUCUUCCGAUUCUGUUUCGGAUCAGCAGGCCGGAGCGGAUUCCGAAUUCAAGCAAGCAGAUGUUAGCGGGGCAAGGCCCCUCAAUAUCAAAGGAGAACCUAAUGAAUUCAAGCUGAGCGUGGUCAAUGACAGCGGGGUCUACCUUCCGCCCUCUCCACCUGAGAAAAAGGGGUUCUGGCACCGUUCCAACGGUUCGUCAGGUACAACCAAUCAUAGGACUUUACUGAAUGAGAAUGAACCCUUCUCAAUCUCUCGCGAGUCAUUUGACUCAUACAGGCGGUCUUUUGACAUUUCUGCUCGAUCACCUGUCAUUCAACCCGAGGGCUACGCCCCGAGGCAGAGCCUCGAUUCUCGGACUAGCCGUCUUCCACGCUCAGCAGUGAAUGGAAAACACUUUGACCCGCCCAAGGUCACUGAUGAAGAACCCUUUGAAGAUAUUGGACUUAAUGAUGACACGAAGCCGAAAAAGAAGGGCAUCUUUUCGAGGUUCGGAGACUCGUCGGAUAGUCCCUCGGACAAUAGCAAUGCCAACUCAAGCCACCGGACUUUUCAUUUCUCAGGUCGCAAGCGUGGUCAAAGCGGCCAAGGCGCUGAAUUAGGUAAUAUGGACCGGUCGGUCUCGGACCAAAACAGUUGAAGAGAUGGUCUUUAUAAUGCAUGUGGUUAAUGACACUGUAAUGAAUGGAGGCGAAGAUAUAUACACUAAUGGCGAAAUGACCGAGCACCCACAUGAAAACGGCGUUUUAGUCUUGGAAAAGGCCUUUUACUUUCUCUCUUGGCGUCGUUGAACACGGGCCUGUAAUACACGACAUAUCAUUUACCAAUUUUCCUUUUUCAACUUUCUUUCCGAGCAUUAGAGAGUCGAAUACCAAUGCGUCAAGUCCUGCUGGGUUUUGGGAC